GGGGCGCACAGGUUGGCCGGUCCCAGCCUUCCGCGGACUUUGCAAGGACUGAGUCGCGCUCGCUGUUGCUUCCCCGCCCUGCUGGCGAAGUUGGGGGGAGGGCUCCCCCGUUUUGGAGGCUGAUGGUGGAGGGGCAACCCGGCGGGCGGCAGCUGGAGAGGGAAGGUCCCGGCUUGGGAGGGGCUGCUGCUGGGAGAGGCCGCGGGAGCAGCCGGCUCCCUCUCUGGUGCCAAGCUGCCAACAGCCCAGCCUCUGGGUGACCUUUGACUGGGACAAGCGGAACUGGACGUACCGUGCUUCUGGGAGGCUGGCGAUUCCGUCCUCCAUGCACCUGUUUUCCAGUGGGUCUUCCCUGAAGAAGAAACCGCAACCAGGAUCCGGCUCUUCUGCUUGCCUGUGCCAGGAGUAGCCUGCAUGGGGGGCCCAGCAGGCCAAGGACUGGGCUGGAUGUAAUCCUGGUGCCACCUGGGCUCAAGGGCAUCGACGUGGGGGUUCUCUGGAGCUGGGCACAGGCCACGUUGGAGGGACAAGUACACAAGGCCCCGGGCUCCUGUCAUGGGGCAGAUGUCGUGGCCUGAGAAGAGGCCGGCAACGACGCCAGGGUGUUAAGGGGGCUGCCUGUACCGGACAUCCUCUUGGCUCAGCCUGCAGCACGGACCCUUGCAUGCUACCAGGAUGGACACCAAGAUACCACCCGCCGUCACCCCCACCAGCCCCUCGUCCCCGGGGCUGUCCCCGGUGCCACCGCCAGAUAAAGUGGAUGGCUUCUCCCGGCGCUCCCUGCGUCGCUCCCGCCAGAGGCGGUCUCACAGUUCCUCCCAGUUCCGGUACCAGAGCAACCAGCAGGAGCUCACGCCUCUGCCUUUGUUGAAAGAAGCGCCCGUUUCGGAGCUGCAUGAUCUUCUGUGCAAGAAGCUCCAACAAUGCUCCAUCCUCUUCGACUUCCUGGAUUGUGUGGCCGACCUGAAGGGCAAGGAGAUCAAGCGAGCAGCCCUCAACGAACUGGUGGAGUGCGUGGCCACAAACCGUGGCAUUCUCAUUGAGCCGCUCUACCCCGAGAUCAUCAAGAUGAUCUCUGUCAAUAUCUUCCGGACACUCCCGCCCAGUGAGAACCCUGAGUUUGACCCUGAAGAAGACGAACCCAACUUGGAGCCCUCUUGGCCACAUCUACAGCUUGUUUAUGAGUUUUUCCUCCGGUUCCUCGAGAGCCCGGACUUCCAACCCUCGGUUGCCAAGCGCUACAUAGACCAGAAAUUCGUAUUGCUGCUGCUUGAGCUCUUUGACAGCGAGGACCCCCGUGAGCGUGAAUACCUCAAGACCAUCCUCCACCGUGUCUAUGGCAAGUUCCUGGGCCUGCGAGCCUACAUCCGCAAGCAGUGCAACAACAUUUUCUUGCGGUUUAUCUACGAGACAGAGCAUUUCAAUGGUGUGGCGGAACUGCUGGAGAUCCUGGGGAGCAUCAUCAAUGGCUUUGCCCUGCCCUUGAAGACGGAACACAAGCAGUUCCUGGUACGAGUCCUCAUCCCACUUCACUCAGUGAAAUCCCUCUCCAUAUUCCACGCCCAGCUGGCUUACUGUGUGGUCCAGUUCCUGGAAAAGGAUGCCAUGCUGACAGAGCACGUGAUCCGUGGACUGUUGAAAUACUGGCCAAAGACCUGCACGCAAAAGGAGGUGAUGUUCCUGGGAGAGAUAGAAGAGAUCCUAGAUGUCAUCGAACCCUCACAGUUUGUGAAGAUUCAGGAGCCGCUCUUCAAGCAGGUGGCUUGCUGUAUCGCCAGCCCUCACUUCCAGGUUGCAGAGCGGGCUCUGUAUUUCUGGAACAACGAAUACAUCCUGAGCCUGGUGGAGGAUAACUGCAACACGGUGCUGCCCACCAUCUUUGGGACACUCUAUCGCGUCUCCAAGGAGCACUGGAACCCGACCAUUGUUUCUUUGGUCUACAAUGUCCUCAAGACCUUCAUGGAGAUGAAUGGGAAACUCUUUGAUGAGCUCACGGCUUCCUACAAGGUGGAGAAACAGCAGGAACUGAAGAAGGAGAAGGAGCGGCAGGAGCUGUGGCGGCAACUGGACGAGCUCCAGCUGCGGAAGCUGCAAGGACUGGAGGAGGCCAAGAUGAACCGCCUGAACCUGCAGCACAGCUUGGCUGUGCAGAGGGGGGAGGCGAGCUAGGAGGCCCCUCUCCCCUGGGAAUCCCCCCUGCUGUGGCAUGGGAGCGACACACACACACACUGGUGCAGUCCCCAUUCGAUACAGCUGACCCCCCACUCACCAGGCCUGUGCCAAAACAGAGUUCAUGCCCUCUGCCCUCCCUGUUGGUGGGCAUGCCCCCCUUCCCCAGUGCCCUGCAGGGAUUGUCGAGGCCCCCACUCUACACUCGAGUCUGUGAUGUUUGGGCAAGUGCACAGCUGUAUCGGGGAGGGGAGAAGAAUUGGAGGGUCUCUGUUGCUGUCCUUGGUGUCCCCCCCCCCCGAAGAUGGGGGCUGGAGGGUGGAGGUUGCAUGUGGAGAAGAAUGUUAUCAGAUGAUGGGGGAGCUAUACUGGGGUGAGGCUGUUAUUGCCCACUAUAAACAGGCUUGGGACCAGUGUGUAGGCCGAGUGUUAAGGGAGCUCCCCUAACACCAAGGUGGGGAGGGGAGCACGGUUCCCAUGGCAAUAGAAAGCAAUAGACCUCCUGAUCCAAAGUUCAUCUCCUGAGUGGGGUUCCAGUGGCCAGAGGCUUAAUGCAGUGGGGAGAAUUGUUUUUUGACACCCUAGUGGUGUGUGGGGGGGACUCCAUGGGCUUUCCUGCCCUAGGCGUUGCCUCUCUCCUUCAUGAGGUGAAGUCUCACUCCUCUUCCACAAUGCCGUCGACAGGGUAGCGCCCCGUAAAUGGAAGAUGCGGCCUUGCUUUCGUCUCCCCCUCACCCGCGGAGGAAGAAGAGAUGAGGAACCAUGUUAAUAUUCCUUGGCAUGACAGAAGGGGGG